AAGGUCACGGGGUGUUCUGCAUCGACGUGAAGCCCUGGAGAGGAACGGUGUCUUCCCAGCGGCAGCAAUGGCACGUCCAGCUCAAAGAACAGCACCACAACUUUACCAACACCUCCGUAGAACAGGUGGCUGACCCCAUUGAGGCCGUCAUGACCAAGACAACUAACCUAUGGCAGUACCUGAGGAGGAGCGGCCUGUCGGUGCGUCAGGAGCUCUUCCUUCCCAGGCUAGUCUUCCUCGCCCCAGACUGCCAGCUGGAUGAAGAGUUGCGGAAGAGGAGGGAGCUGGUCUCCCACAGUCAAAUAGAUGAGUUCCUCCGCUCCUUCAGAGAGGGCUAUGUAGCCUGGAUAUCAGACGCCCUGACUCCUGCCUGGCUGUCUGGUCACCUGUCGUACCGUCAGAUAGGUGAGCUGAAACAAGUGGUGAGGAAAAUGGGGACCUGGGACCUGGUCAGACUACAGGGAGGAGAGCAGCUCAAGGGAGACUUCCGGAGCUGUCCUUACAUCGCUCUGAACCGCCAGGAGACUGACACCAUGGAGUUCUUCAAGAUCAAAACCCUGUCUGCUAAUUCGCUGUGGGCUCUGCUGGGACACGCCCCUCAGGUGACGGUGAAGAUGUAUAAACGUGGAUCUCCGGGCUGGCUGGGGAAGCCCCUGACGUCCACCAGCACCAUCCCCCACAACACACAGGUCAUCUUCCGGAUCAACGGAGAGGAAACGGACGCCAGGAUCCCCGCUAACACCAUCCAAAGCAUCACACUCAGCAUAUGACUCUUUUUUUUCCCCCCUUGGUUACGGCCCAAAUGUCGCCCUAUAUAGUACACUACUUUUAGUGUCACCCUAUAUAGUACACUACUUUUAGUGCGCUGGUAUAUGGACUAGGGUGCCAUUUUGGGAUCCAUCACAGACAGUGGAUCUGUAUGAGAAACUAGCCUGUUCUCCACGGUCUGCAGGUUUUAAGUGUGUGUGUGUGCAGUUUUCUAAACUACCAGGUUAGGUAUCUGUUGAAUCAGACUCUAUUUACACUAAUUUACCAAACUAGAUUUUUUGGGCCCUUAAGACCAGAAGGGUGAAAGGGAUUGUUGGUAACUGAAGGACCCUGGAGUCCGGCUUCAGGGACCUCCUUCUAUACUAGUUAUCACACAACAAUAACAAUAUAUACCUGCUGUUUUUAAUUAUGUAUAUGAGUACCUUUUUAUCACAUGGAUCACUUAGUUGUGCUCCACAGCAUCCUGCAGGCCAGCAAACAUCCCUCAACCACAGCCUCCUGCAGGCCACCAAACAUCCCUUACCCACAGCUACACAGCCUCCUGCAGGCCACCAAACAUCCCUCAACCACAGCCUCCUGCAGGCCACCAAACAUCCCUCAACCACAGCCUCCUGCAGGCCAGCAAACAUCCCUCAACCACAGCCUCCUGCAGGCCACCAAACAUCCCUUACCCACAGCCUCCUGCAGGCCACCAAACAUCCCUCAACCACAGCUACACAGCCUCCUGCAGGCCAACAAACAUCCCUUACCCACAGCCUCCUGCAGGCCACCAAACAUCCCUCAACCACAGCUACACAGCCUCCUGCAGGCCACCAAACAUCCCUCAACCACAGCUACAUAGCCCCCUGCAGGCCAGCAAACAUCCCUCAACCACAGCCUCCUGCAGGCCACCAAACAUCCCUCAACCACAGCCUCCUGCAGGCCACCAAACAUCCUCAACCACAGCAUCCUGCAGGCCAGCAA